CUUGAGUACAAUCCUGAAUCUUGAAAGUCUUUGUGGCAAAUCGGCCGUGAGUCAUGUGUGCUUGACAAAGAAAACAAUGCUUACGAAAGACGGGCCAACUUGCCUUGAUUUAUAUGAUUAUGUAAACAUGAGGUCGCUUAUCUUAAGUGACCACUCCGCCACUCUUCUACUCACAUAGCGUAGGAUCCAAGUGCAUCUUUUCACUCGUGUGCUCCGUCUUAUCCGAAAGAUAUUAAAUGAGUCAAGUGUCGACCUUUGAAUCGUGUUAACUUGUCGAGCGAAUAGGUGAGAGAUCAAGUGCGAUUUCCAUAUGCGACCAAACGAAUGCUACUUAGUGAAGCGAUCUCGAACCUCCUUUGUUCGAUAAGAUAGCGACUAUUUGCAUUGCUUUUCUCAGU